GCGCUCUUCCUGCUUUCACUUCCCCGGGAGCCGCUCCUUUUCGCGCGCUGUCGUCUUCAGUCUAGUUUCAGUCUCGGCUUCCGGCGGCAGUCCGGGACCCUCGCCCUGGGCGUCUGGGGUGCGUGGUGACAUUGCUGAUCCAAUCCUAAGGAAGGCUGAAGAGAAAGCUCCAGGAACAUAGAGUUGAAAGAGGGUUUGAUCUCCUUUCAGAAAAAGACAUCCUUUGUGAGUAAGCAUGAUUCCCAAAGGAGGGAAGGUUUUGCUCAGAACUACCCUGGGUUCAGAGAAACCUCUGAUGGUGAAGAAUAAAGAUGAUGACUGGGGACAGAAAUCUCACUUGCAGAGAAGCAUCGGCUCUGGGCAGGAACUCUUCCGCCAGCUCUUCAGGCAGCUGCGCUACCAAGAUACUUCUGGGCCCCAAGAGGCCCUGGUCAGACUCCAGGAGCUUUGCCGAUGGUGGCUGAGGCCAGACAUCCACACGAAGGAAGAGAUUCUGGAACGACUGGUGCUGGAGCAGUUCUUGACCAUUCUGCCUGGGGACAUUCGGACCUGGGUUCUGCUCCAUCACCCAGAGAAUGGGAAGGAGGCUGUGGCCCUUGUGAAAGGUGUUGAGAGACACUUCGAUGAACAAGAAGAGGAGGUCUCAGCCGGAGCUCAGGUUCAAGAUGUGUUGUGGAUGGGGACUUCAUCUCUGAGAGCAGCACAGGAAUCUCUUCCUGUUCCAUUGCUCAAGGAUUGCUCCUCAUACAGGCCCCACUGGGACUCUGCUCAUGACACCGGGAUGUUCCAUCUCCAGGAUCCCCCAGAUGUUCCUCCAACUCCCCAAUUAUCUGCAGUUUCUCAAGAGGGAAGCACAGGAGAUCAGGUGAUGGCCAUGUCUCUGGAAGCCAGGUUACAGAACUCUGUGAAAUUUGAGGAUGUGGCUAUAUGCUUCAGUAAGUCAGAAUGGUCGUAUCUCUCCUCUGCUCAGCGGGCCCUGUACAGGAGCGUGAUGCUGGAGAAUUAUAGGAAUUUGGCCUCUGUAGCAUGUCCGUUUCCCAAACCUGCACUGAUUUCCAAGCUGGAGAAGGCUUCGUCGGACCUUCAGGAAGCCCUGGGUCUAAAAGGUCUGAGAAACACUUAUGCAGAUGGUGAGCCCCAUAAUGAGGAUGAGAAGUUGAUUGUAAAUCAUGAAAUUGCUAAAGAAGAUUCUCUACUGUCAUCUCUGGGGGGUCUCCAGCCCAGUGUUCCCGAGCAGCCUCAUUUUGAAGAGUCUUACGAACACAAGAACAAGAGGGAGAAGCAGGGGGAAAAUUCAGCUCUGGAGAUAGUGAAGAAAAAGGAAAGAGAUUUGAAGUACAUGGAAGGCAAAGAUGUAAAAGCCACUACAGAGGAGACAGAUGAGAAUUUUGAGAGACAUUUAAGCUCCAACCCUAUUAGUCAUCAAAGAGUUCCCAAACUAGAGAAAGCCCACAAAUGUGAUGAGUGUAGCAAAUAUUUUAGACAUAGUACAGACCUUUUUCAACAUCAAAAAACUCAUAGUGGAGAGAAUUCCUUUAAACAUAAUGAGACUGAGAAAGCAUUCAGUCAUACUCUAGGACUUGAUCAAACUCAGAGAAUAAAGGGUGAACAUACUCCCCAUAAAUGCAAAGAUUGUGACAAAUCCUUCAAUCAUCGCUCACAUCUUGAACACCACCAAAGACUUCAUACACGAGAGAGACCGUAUAAAUGUAAAGAGUGUGGGAAGACCUUCAGGUGGAGUUCAAACUUUGCGCGACAUAGAAGAAUUCAUGCUGGACCAAAACUCUCUGAGUGCCAAGAAUAUGGAAAAGACUUCACUAGAAUUUCCCAGUACAUUAUUCAUCAGAGAGGUCACUUUGGGAAGAAAUUCCACAUAAAUAAUAGAUACAGUAGAACUUUCAGGCACAUCUCAGCAUUUAACAAACAUAGGAAAGUUCAUGCUGGGGAGAAAUGCUAUAAGUGCAAAGAAUGUGGGAAAACUUUUACAAGAAACAGAACCCUUAUUGAUCACCAGAGAAUUCACACUGGGGAGAAACCCUAUAAAUGCAAAGAGUGUGGGAAAACUUUUACAAGAAACAAAACCCUUCUUGAUCAUCAGAGAAUUCACACUGGGGAGAAACCCUAUAGAUGUAAAGACUGUGGGAAAACUUUUACAAGAAACAGGAGUCUUGUUGAACAUGAGAGAAUUCACACUGGGGAGAGACCCUAUGAAUGUAGUAAGUGUGGGAAAGCCUUUAAUCGUAAGUCAUACCUUUUUCUUCAUGAGAGAACUCAUAACCAAAAGAAACCUUAUAAAUGCAACAUUUGUGGGAAAGACUUUAGGUGGGGCUCAGGCUUUGCUCGACAUCGAAGAAGCCAUACUGAGGAGGACUAUGAUGAAGGUAAUGAGCAAAGGAGAAUUUUUCAUCAUAGAUCUGAUGUUCAUCAGCAGAAAAUUCAUACUGAAAAGAAGUCUCAUAUCUGUCAUGAAUGUGGGAAAGCUUUCACUCGGAAAAGAACUCUUACUGAUCAUCAGAGAAUUCACACUGGAGAGAAACCCUUUAAGUGCAGUCAGUGUGGAAAAGCUUUCAGUUGUAAGCCAUACCUUAUUGUACAUCAGAGGACUCAUACCUUUAAAACUCAUCAGAGAAAUUGCAUUGUGAAGAAUUGCUAUAAAUGUAAUCAAUGUGGAAAAACCUUUUCUCAGAAGUCAUCGUUUAUUAUACAUCAGAGACAUCAUAAUGGAGAACAACCGUAUAAAUGUAGUGUCUGUGGGAAAGGCUUCAGGUGGAAGUCAAACUUCACUCAACAUCAGAGAAGUCACAUUGGGAUGAGGCAUUAUCAAUGUCAAGAAUGUGGUAAAAUCUUCGGCCAGAAAGAGAGACUAAUUGAUCACCAGAUGAUUCAUAGUGGGGAGAAACACUCUGAAGAUCAGCAGAGCAUCAAAACCUUCAGUAAGAAUACCAGACUUACUGAGCAUCAACAAAGACGUGAUUGUGAAAAACCUUUUAAAUGUAAUAAAUGUGGGCAGUCCUUCAGCUGUGCCUCAGUCCUUAGCUUACAUUGGAAAAUACACACGGGAGAGAAAACCUAUGAAAAUGAUAGUACGAAAACUUUUUUCCAGGACUCGAGUCUUCCCUCACAUCAAAAGUUCAAUAUUAGUGAGAAAGUCUAUAAAUGUAGCAUGUGUGAAAAAGCCUUUCCUAAGAAAUCCCAGCUUCUUAUGCAUGACAGAUUUCAUACCCGAGAGAGACCCUAUAGAUGCAAUAAAUGUGGGAAAAAGUUCAGAUGGAGCUCAAACUUAUCUCGACACCAAAAAAGCCACUCUGCAGAGUAAAUUGUAACAUUAAGGAUUUUGUAGUUCUUGUAGCCAUUGCUCCAAAAGGCAACUUUGUUGAGAUCUCAGCUUUGUCAUCGAUGAUUCUGGGGAGGGAGGAUUGAUGAUUGAUUUUCUUUUCUGAUGGGCAUUUUCCCAUCACACUCAUGGACAGGCUCAAGAAUUCGCUAUGUGUAUCAGGAAACUUGUCCCAGGAGCAAUGUUUGUGAAAAUUGUAGGGGAGAGAUUUUAAGUCUGUUUUUAAUUGAAGCAAAUCAUAAGAGGUAAUAUAACUAGCAUCAGGAACAUUUGUCUUCCAUCCUCCCUUUUUGACACUAGCUGUGUAACACUGGGCAAGUCGCUUAGACUUUGUAAAGGCAACCCUAUUACUAUCUAAUUGAUUAUUGCAUUUUUCACACUGAGAAUAUCUGAAAGCUCACUACUAAUGCUUAUCUACAAAGUGAUCUAUGGGUCAGUGCAAGGAAUUACAAAAUCCAAAGUGGGGGCGGGGUGGGUAGGCUGUAGGGUGGGGCAAGGUGUGUGGGGGUGUAUAGAUUGUUCAGGCAAGAAGGAGAGGGGACUCGGUGGAGAGGGUAUUGAAUUGGUUUCCCUACAAACAAUGUUUUUUGGCAUAGAGAAGUCUGAAUUUGUAUGAGGGGAGAUUUAAGGUUUUUUGGGGGGGGCGUGGUGAGGGGAGUGAGGUCAAGAUAGGCAUGAGGGGGUGACUCUGUCUCUUAUUGAUACUCCGGUCCUACUUUUUUGGUUAUCAAAAAUACAAUUUAAUAUUUAAAGACUGGGUUUGAUGGCAGAGAGUACCACCACCUUUCUUUGGCUUGGCAUUCUUAUUUUCUGACCCUUGCCCCACCUGAUGCCUUUUUUAAAAUAAUUUCAUUAUUAGCAUUGAGCUUCAGCCUUACAAUGCUGUUGUUCAUAGUUUUGACUUAGGAAAUUACUACUGACUGCUGUGUUUCCUUAGACAGAUUCAGGCCUUCCCAUCUGAGUCAUUUCAUGGAGUUAGAAGAUAGUGCUAGCAAAGUUUGUAUUCUUAUAUGGGCCAGUUGUAUUAAAUGAUUUUCAAUUGUUAUAUUUUCACUGUAUUAUCAUUCAACAUUGGCAUUUGUUAAGAUUAAAUUUGUAAACAGAAGCCAUCUUUGAUUUA